AUGUCAUUGCGGUUUUCGAAGAAUGAGCUUUUGCCCGCUGGAGUCGUAGGAGAAGUCGAUGAUGAGGUAGAUUCAAAUGAAUCCGAUGAAAGAGUCGGUUUUUUAUCGUGGAUCGAUAGGAUACUUGUAUCUCCUUCUGAUUUACAUCUUUCAAUGAAUGAAUAUUUUGAAUCGAUAGAUUGGGAUUCAAAGGCAGUUUCUUUGGCAGAACCGUUGGGUAAUAUACUGACUUUUUGUUUUUACGUCAUACGGUUCAUUCAAGAUAAUUUUAUCAGAAAUAAUGACUACGUGAAAUCAAGUAUACAGGAUUCCUUUGAUUUCAGCAAAUCUGGGAAAUUAAACCAAUAUAAUUAUCUUAGUCGCUAUGUGCAACAAUCCUCAUCUCAAAAAUCUAGGACAAAAUUGUAUUUUUUCACAGUUGCAGAAAGGUUUACCUUUCUAUCACUAGUAUCAUUAUUUUCGUUGAAUUUAAUCAUAAGCUACAAAUUUCUUUGUUCCCAAUAUAAAUCAUAUUCCAUAUUUUACCUCGAAAAUGCAAAAGAAUCUCCAAAUUUAACAAAACAUUCGUUAACUGAUUUGAGUCGAAGUUAUUAUGAUGAUAUUAUGCGGGGUUCAGUUUUCUCCAUGUUGAAGCAUUUCUUGCUAAAGAAGAGAAAAAAAUUUGAAAAUUCAGAAUCAUUAAAUAAUGAGCAAUUUUUUUAUCAGUUGAGGAAAUGGAUGCCCUCGAAAUUUCUGACACAUCUAUUUGUAUCAUUUUCUCCUACGUCUAUCAUUUUCCUGAUGUUAACAGAUACAAAUUUUAUAACAGCAUUUGCAUUGGUUUUCCACCAGCUUGUGCUACAUUAUAUUGUAAUAAGAAGGUUUCUAGUGAGGCUUCUAGACGAAUCAAUCCUUUCUAGCUCAAUUAUUUCAGAAAUGAACGCUAAGAUCAUUAAAUCAAAGACUUCGAAUAAAUAUCAAGAUGUGAUGGUUGAUGCCACUCCAUACGGGCAAGGUUAUGUCAAGUUUUGUGCAACGACAAAAGCCAAAAUUUUUGAAAGUCAUACUUUAACGGGUGAAUUGGUUAAAGAGAAAUUUAAUAGGCAAAGGAACGAGUUCGAGGAUAUUAUUGAUAAGCAACAAAUACCACAUAACAAGAUUAUUGAACCGGUAAAUAACCAACUAUAUUGGAACCCACAAACUCAACAAUACAUGAUCAAGCAAGAGUUUCAUCCUGGCGCAUAUUCGACGGGCUUUUCAUCUCCAAUACAUGAUUCCUGCUAUCCAAUCCCACCAUAUGACAUAAGAAGAGGUUCUAUAAGCCCACUUCGACAAUCUGUUGUAUAUAACCAAUCUUCAAGAAGCUCAAGUAAGAGUCCUCACAGGAGCCCGAACAGAAGUCCAAAUAGAAAAAAUUUUGAAUAA